AUGCAGCUUCUUCGCGCUCCAUCCUCUUCCACCUUGCCAUUUCAUUUCUCGAAUUCACAACCCAGAGGAAGAAAUGAAAGGCCUGCAUGGGUUUCGUUUAAAGAUUCAGCGUGGAGCUCAAUCACACCUAAAGCUGCUUCUGUUCAAGCUUCUACUUCAGCAGUAUCAAGUCAAACAGCUGAGACUGAUGUGCUGAAAUCCUUGUCUCAGAUCAUAGAUCCAGACUUUGGUACAGACAUUGUCUCUUGUGGAUUUGUGAAGGACCUUAAUGUGAACAAGGCACUAGGAGAGGUUUCUUUUCGGUUAGAGCUGACAACACCAGCAUGUCCAAUCAAGGACAUGUUCGAGAAGCAGGCUAAUGAGGUGGUGGCAGCACUUCCCUGGGUCAAAAGGGUGAGUGUUACAAUGUCAGCCCGACCAGCAAGACCUGUUUAUGCGGGGAACCUUCCAGAAAAUCUGCAAACAAUAUCGAACGUCAUUGCUGUUUCAAGUUGCAAGGGAGGGGUGGGAAAAUCAACAGUAGCUGUGAACCUUGCAUAUACUUUGGCUGGUAUGGGUGCAAGAGUUGGGAUUUUCGACGCAGAUGUGUAUGGCCCUAGUUUGCCAACGAUGGUCUCCCCAGAAAACCGGUUACUUGAAAUGAAUCCGGAGAAGCGAACCAUCAUUCCAACCGAAUACUUGGGUAUUAAGUUGGUAUCAUUUGGAUUUGCUGGGCAAGGACGUGCAAUAAUGCGAGGUCCAAUGGUUUCAGGGGUCAUCGAUCAACUAUUGACUACUACUGAAUGGGGAGAACUGGAUUACCUCGUUAUUGACAUGCCCCCUGGAACGGGUGAUAUUCAACUCACCUUAUGCCAGGUUGUUCCAUUGACUGCUGCUGUCAUUGUUACCACACCUCAGAAGCUAGCAUUCAUAGAUGUUGCCAAAGGAGUUCGCAUGUUUUCAAAGCUAAAGGUUCCUUGUGUAGCUGUGGUUGAAAACAUGUGCCACUUUGAUGCUGAUGGACAACGUUACUAUCCAUUUGGUAGAGGGUCAGGUUCUCAGGUUGUUGAGCAGUUUGGUAUCCCCCAUCUUUUUGAGCUUCCAAUUCGACCAACUUUAUCAGCUUCCUCAAGAACAUUUCAAGAGUUGGGCAUUAGUGUGGUGCAACAAUGUGCCAAGAUCAGUCAACAAGUAUCAACUGCUGUCACUUAUGAUAAAGGUAUGAAGGCAAUCAGGGUGAAAGUACCUGAUUCAGAUGAAGAGUUCUAUUUGCACCCUGCAACUGUUAGACGAAAUGAUCGAUCUGCUCAAAGUGUGGAUGAAUGGACUGGUGAGCAGAAACUACAGUAUGCUGAUGUUUCAGAGGACAUUGAACCUGAAGAAAUUCGGCCUAUGGGAAAUUAUGCUGUAUCGAUUACGUGGGCGGACGGAUUUAGCCAGAUUGCUCCUUAUGACCAGCUGCAAACAAUGGAACGCUUAGUCGAUGUUCCGCAGUUGAUCUGA